AUGUGUUUUAUUCUAAAUACGUGCCUUGCCACAUUCCCCCCUUUUCAGGACCCUCUCUCAGUGCGGUACGGCAUGGACAAGCCAGAGCACGACAAGGAGGGGUGCAUGGUGACAGAUUGGUUCAGUCACAGUUGGAAUGAUCGUUCUAUACAUGUGCCUCUCUUCCCACCUUUUCAGGUGCCCCCUCUCUCAGUGCGCUACAGCAUUGACGACAGGCCAGAGCAAGACAAGGAGGGGCGGGUGGUGACGGUUGAGUCGAUUGUUUACAUGUCACAGGCCAGAGCACGACAAGGAGUGGCGGGUGUGACGGUUGACAGUUCUACCAACCCCUCCCCCCACCCCUCCCUCCAGGUGCUCCCUCUCUCAGUGCGCUACGGCAUGGACAAGCCAGAGCACGACAAGGAGGGGCGCGUGGUGAUUGUUUGA